AUGGAGUCCUUCAGCCUCGACAUGAUCGGACAGCUGCCAAACUUGAACAUCUACACCCAGCUCUGUCUCUGCUUUUCCGUGCCCGACGGCGACGGCGCGGACGCGACCCGCCAAGUAGCCGCCGACAUCCUCGCCCAGGGCCUCGAGACACUAGCACGGCGCGUACCAUGGGUCGCAGGGCAGAUCGUCCACGAGCCGUCCAGCGAAGCCGGCAACUCGGGAACCUACAAGAUCGCCCCCUGGGCGGACACCCCACCGCUGGUGGUCCGCGACCUCCGGGGAGACCCGUCGGCGCCGACGAUGGAGGCCCUUCAGAAACGGAACUUCCCCAUGGAACUGCUCGACGAGCGCCUCGUCGCGCCGUACAUGACCAUCCCCGGCCGGGCGGCGGGGUCGCAGCCGGAUGAGCCGACGGCUGUGUUUGCAGUUCAAAUGAGCCACGUCGAUGGCGGGCUGUUGCUGACGUUUGUCGCCCAGCACCAGGCCAUGGAUCUCGCGGGGCAGAUGCAGGUUAUGCGUCUUCUUGCCACGUCCUGUCGAGAGGAGAAUUUGCCGGACGGCGAGGUGGAACUCGCGAACCGGGAUCGCUUAAGCAUUAUUCCACCUCUUGGCGACCAUGAGCUAGACCCCGUCGAGCAGCUCAGUCGGCAAACGGUGAAGCCGUCGCCUCUGCCCUCUGGCGCCGACUCCGUGGAAUCUGUCUGGGCGAGUUUCUCCUUCUCGGAGGAAUCUCUCGCUACCCUCAAGGCAGCUGCUCUCCAGACUGCCACGCUGCAGAACGUGUCAACCGACGACGCACUCACUGCAUUUGUCUGGCAGUCCAUCACGCGCGCGCGAUCUCGCCGCCUCAGAAAUGACCCGGACACAACGCAAACGCGAUUGACACUCGGCCGCGCAGUCGACUGCCGCCGGUACCUCGGCGUCCCGAGGGAAUACCCCGGCCUGCUCAACACUAUGGUGUACCUCACGCACGCCGCGCAAGAAACCGCCGACAUGCCCUUGGGCGAAAUGGCCUCGGAGCUGCGUGCCGCCGUCGACCCGGCCACGUCGCAGGUCGGACUGUACACGCGUGCGCUGACGGCGCUCCUGCGCCGGACGCCAGACAAGGGCAUGGUCUCCAUGGGGGCGGACAUCGACCCGCCGAGAGACCUCAUGCUCAGCUCGUGGGCGGGGGCGGGGGCGGAUUGCUACGGCUUGGAUUUCUUUGGCAUCGGGCUGGGACCGCCCGUGGCGGUGAGGAGGCCGCGGUUCCAGCCCUUCGAGGGCCUAGGCUAUCUUCUCCCUAGACAUCCGAGCGGCGAGAUUGUCUUGGCCGUGUGUUUGAGAGAGGAAGAUAUGGCGGCGCUGAAAGGGGAUGACGAGUUUGGGAUCUUGGUCACAUUGCGUCGCCACAUCCCGGUCAUCAUCUCCUCACCUAGCCUCACGUUCCAAGAUCUCGUCACCCUCCUCGGUUUGGGUGAGGAAAUCAAUGGCGGUGCGAUGGAUGAAUUUGACAGGAGCCUCAGGGCCUAUCCCUGCUGGCCUCUGCGCCCCAUGGACCUCGAUGAUUCCAGCACGGCGGGCCGUGAUGGCCUGAUGAACAGCCUGGCACUGAGCUAG